AUUUAUUGUGUUAUCACAAUUUUUUUUUUUUUAAACAUGAAACAACUAACAUGUGUUGAGUGGAACAUGAGCAAUAUAAGAAGGUAAAGGGGUUUAAGAAUAUCGUAACACUACAUUACAUCCAAUCACAAAAGGAAUUCUAGUGAAACAAAGUGAUUAAGCUAUGGCGUCUCCUUCCUUAUCAACUGGAAGUAGCACUCAACAAGUAGAGUGUAGACAUGGAAUUCCAGCAAAGGUUUCAGUGGUUAGAAAAGGUAUCAACGCGGGAAGGUCGUUUCUCGGCUGUCCAUAUUGGCAGGAUAGGACUAAAGAUUGUGGAUUUUUUAAAUGGGAAUCUAGUGAUGCUUUUCCCUACAACAAUACUAUGUAUGAUUUGCAAAGUAAUUUGCAAAAAACCAUAUCCCGUAACGUGGAAUUAAUUGAGGAGAACCAUGCUCUUAAGUCCGAAUUAAUCAAAUCAUCCGCGGUUAAUGCAAACUUAUGUGAAAAAAACAUGUCACUCAUCAGGAGGAACAACAUCCUAACCUUCAUUAUGAUUUGUUCAUAGAUAGCGGCUUGGGUUGCAACUCAAAUUUGAAGAUCGCAAAGGUUAAAUGGUUGUAGUGGUAGCACUAACAGUAUUAUCUAUUGUGUCAUCUGUAUCAAGCUAAUGUGUUGUUUAAUUAUCAUAUGUAU